AUGAUUCGAGCUGGUCAGUCCGUGAGCUACUCGCAAAUUCACUAUUCGGGGAGUGGAAUGCAAAAAGGCAGUGGUGUUAGUCACUUCUUUGGCUCGGCAUCGAGUGGCGCCACCGGCAGUCCCGGUCCCUCUGGCCCCGGGCCGAGCAGUCCUUCUAGUCUCGGAGCCGAGUUGGCCGGACUUUCGUUCACAACUGUUGGCGGCGCAGGUGUCAGGCAUUCACAUCCUCCGGGCGGCAUUGCCACCUCUACUGCGGCCGAACCUACCGAGCCGUCAGCUGGAAACCCGUAUCCUCAGCAGCAGUCGGUACGCCGCAAUCUGCCCCUGAAGUUGGCCAACUCCUCGAAAACACGCUCCAGCGGCGUCAAAACGAAGCGUAGUGGCCUCUUUAGUCGACUCACUUGA